UGCCAAUUCCCUUCCCAUCAUCCAUUAAACAUCCUUUUUUUGAGCCAGCCCUCAAUUAUGGGUCGUGUAAGGACAAAGACGGUCAAGAAGGCCGCAAGAGUCAUUAUUGAGAAGUACUACACACGGUUAACUCUUGAUUUCCACACAAACAAAAGAAUAUGUGAAGAAAUUGCCAUUAUACCAAGCAAGAAAUUGCGCAACAAGAUUGCUGGAUUUGUAACUCAUUUGAUGAAGCGCAUCCAACGUGGUCCAGUACGUGGCAUUUCCAUUAAACUGCAAGAGGAAGAAAGAGAGAGAAGAGACAACUAUGUACCCGAAGUGUCUGCUCUAGAACAAGAUAUCAUUGAAGUAGACCCAGACACAAAGGAGAUGCUGAAGAUCUUGAACUUUGGAACCAUUCCUGGUCUACAGGUAACACAGCCGAUUACAUCUGGAGGAUACAGAGGUGGUGCCGGAGGUGGAGGAGGAGGAACCGGAUCAGCACGUACAUAAACACACUGUUGUUACUCAAUGUUGGCUAUCUCUCUAUGCUGGAUGCGAUUUCCAGUUGCAUAUCAUCACUGACUCGGUUUUGAACCUUAAACAUUUUGCCUGAAUGUGAAUACAGAAAUAAAAAAAU